GUAAAACGUUGUUAAUUUUUUGCGGAGAGCCACCAAUGUUCAUAUAAAUAUCACCGUUGCGUCUAAAGAGUAUAAUUACAAACUGUGUAUACUAAGUAAGAGAAAGAGUGACUUUUGAUAAAGACGGGAUCACUGUAUUGGACAAUGGAAAUUGUGCUUGUAAUUAUGGCUGCUGUCGCACUUGUCGGCUUCGUGUCCGCCCAAGACGAUGGACCAGUCGUGAAACCGAACAAAGCCGAUAACCUCUGUUUCUACAACGGAAAAACGUACAAAUUGGGAGCAAGCUUUUCCGAUGGCUGUAAAAACUGUACAUGCAAGUUGGGAGGGGAGAUUGUCUGCAAACCAUGCCCAAAAUCGUGCAAAUAUAAGGGGCUUACCUAUGACCACGGUAAGACGAUUCCAAACUGUUGCUGCAAGGAAUGCAAGUGCAACGACGGCAAAACAUGCUAAACAACUGACGACUAUAUUGUGUAUAUAUGCAUAUGUAGCAGUGGCGUAUCCAGCACAUGCUAUUGUUGUUUUCCCUGUAAUUUUGAACAAAACAUUCUUCCAUUUCCUGAAUAUUUGUUCUUAAAGAUAAAAGUAUGUCAUCAUUUUUAACUGAGAGAAAGUUAAUGCUAUGUUUGAAACAACAAUUUGAGUAUGAACAAUAAA